AUGUAUUUAAUGGAUAUACUUGAUCAACCGUACUAUUGGGGACGAAUAACACGUGCUGAAGCAGAACAUAUUCUUGAAAAAGAAACAGCUACAGAAGAUGGUACAUAUCUAGUCAGAGAAAGAAUUGAUGAAGCUGGUGUUUAUGCAAUUACGCUAUGUUGUUUUAGACGUUUCUACAAUUAUCGUAUUGAUCGAUUGCCCAAUGACAAAGUUGUUGUUGGUGGGUCAAUAAUUCAGCAAUCGUCAAAUCACAAUACAAAUAAAUUGCAACAAUUUCCUGGACUCAUUGAACUUAUUGAUUACCACAGCAGAGUAGCUGAUCCGUUAGUUACCACCUUAUCGAAACCAUAUUACAGACCACCUUAUACACAUGCUGAAAAAAUGACAACAAAGCGUUACAUAUAUGAAAGACGUGUAUUAAAACGUAUGCACGAGGAUGAACCAUGGUUUCAUGCGAGAAUUAAUCGACAAGAAGCUGAAUAUCGAUUAAAACGUGCUGGAGCAAAAAACGGUCUUUUUCUUGUUCGUGCAAGAGCAGAAAAUGCUUCGAAAGAUGCUUUUACACUAAGCUUGUGUUAUAAAUUAGACGUUACACAUUACAUGAUUCGUGAAGCGCCUGAUGGAAAAUUAGAUAUACCAGCAAUUCAUGUAAUUGCAUCAUCAUUAACAGAUAAGGGAGAAUUUGGAAGUCUCGUUCAAUUAGUUGAUUAUUAUCAUCGAUUUGAGCAAGGUCUUCUGUGUAAUUUAAGACAUUUUUGCUCAAGGUUAGGCGGUUCAGUUCUUAUUUCUCAUAACUUUUUGAUACAUAGUGAGCUUUACGAUAGUACGGAUACAGAUGAAUCUCCCGAACCAGCAGUACCAUCGCCAACACUCACAAUACCUAGUCCUAAUAAUAUUACGUCAGCAUUUAAAUUUGAUUUAAGUGGAUUUAUGAUUGAUCCAAAUAGUCUUCUUAUAGGAAAUAAAUUGGGAGGAGGACAAUUUGGUGAAGUAUUUGAAGCUAUAGUAAAAGUUACAAAUCAAAGAGUUGCCGUUAAGUCUUUAAAAAAUCCAUCGGAACAAAUUCACGAAUUGUUUACCGAAGGAAAACUAUUGAUAGAUUUAGAACAUCGAUAUAUAGUAAGAAUAUUUGGUAUAUAUAUGAUGCAUCCAAAUGCACUAUCACUUGUACUAGAAUUAUGUCCAUUUGGAGCAAUGAACGAUUAUUUACGUAAAAAUAAAGCAUUGAAAAUGAGCUAUAUUUUAAAUUACAUGUAUCAAGUUAGCGAAGGCAUGAGUUAUUUACACGAGAAAAAUAUUAUACACAGAGCGUUAAGAAAUGUAUUAAUAGCGUCUGAUUCUCUGUGUAAAAUAUCCGAUUUUGGUCUAUCCAAAAGAGUUGAAGGUCAUAAUUACUAUCAGAUGAUAAAUCAUCGUCAACUACCGUUUAAGUGGUAUCCGCCAGAAGUAUUGAAAAAUCCAAAAUUUCAUUCGGAGAUCGACAUUUGGUCAUACGGCGUUACGUUAUGGGAAGCAACAUCGUACGGAGCUACACCUUAUAAAGAAGUGAGAGAACUAAAAUCAUUCGACGAUCAUGCAAUCGAGCCCGUUUUACAAAAAGUGUUGAAAUUUCUUCUAUCAGGAAGACGUCUUCCACAACCGGCAGCAUGUCCUAAUAAUGUUUACAGACUAAUGUUAAAAUGUUGGGAAUUGGAUAAACAAGCACGUCCAACAUUUUCAAAGAUUAUGAAAUAUUUACGGCAUUAUUCAUUUGAUUUUAAUCAAACAAGUCAAAACUCGACUACAACGCCCCUACCAAAUCACAAUGCCGUUACAAAAUCAGUGCAAUAUUAG